AUGAAAGUCGACCCAACACAGUCUUCGGACAAGCCUAAAAUACCUUUGCCGACCCUGUCCCAAAUCAAUGCUGACAGAAUAACGCAGCUUGCAAAUCAGUACUGGUCACCACAAACAAAGGAUAGCCACUUACCUUAUGAUGCUUCAAUUGUGGAAUCAAUAUAUCAAACAGAGAUACUUGGAUCCAAUUUCUCAGUUCGCCGGAUCAUGAUGCUAGAAUUCUCACAGUACCUGGAAAACUACCUGUGGCCGCACUAUCAAGCAGGAGCAGCUUCUCAUGCACACAUGAUGUCAAUAAUUGUUAUGAUUAAUGAGAAAUUCCGUGAGAGAGUGCCUGCCUGGCAGGCUUUUCUGAAGAAACCGGAACAUUUUCCGGCGUUCUUUGAGCAAGUGCUGCGCGCUAGUGUUGCAGACGAUCACACCAGCCGCAGCAUGCGGGAACAGACGGCUCUACUGUUAUUUCUGAAUCAUUGCUUUGGCAGUAUGGAGGUGCAGCUAUGUAGAGAUCAAGUCAAACGUCUAGUAUCGCUCAGCAUGUGGAUAAGUUUACAAGAAGGAAGGCGAAAUCAAGAAUUUAAACUUGUACCAAAAUGGAAGAAAUAUUGGAGAGCAAUACAGAAGAAAGAUAAACCAGAUCUUUUGGAAAAAUUGAAUUGGGAACGGCGUUAUUUACAGAAGUUAAUGAUCAAGUUUAUGCAGAUCUUGGAAACUGUUCCAGAAACUGGUGAUGUGGACCCAAAUGUUGCCCGAUACUGCGAGCGCUUUUUGGAAUUGAUGAUCGACCUCGAAGCUCUACUUCCUACACGUCGUUUUUUCAACACUGUGAUGGACGACUGCCAUUUGGUGGUGCGUUGUCAGCUGUCUGCGCUCUCGAGAAGGCCUGAAGGACAGCUGUUUACCCAGGAUCAUCUGUUGUUGCCUGUUGUGACAGCCACCAGAAGAGAUGGAAUAAGGUUUCUUCACAGAAUCAUCACAAUUAAAAAUAGUAGUUACAAUACAUACAAAGCAUAG